AUGGAAAAUAUGGAUGCGGGGGAAGAUUUUUUUGGUGGUUUGGGUCCCGAGUCAGGCCAUACAUACGUGCAGACGCCACCGCCUAUUGUUGAUGUUGAGGAUAACACAGCUACACUAAUUAAAGGGCGGAUAAAAAUGAAAUCGAAAUUUUGUAAGGAGCCUUACACACAGGUUCCUCCGACGACGGAACCAUUGAAGAACAGAAAAGGGAAAAAAACACAGAAGGAAAAUAAUGUAGCAAAAAGACAAUUACUAUUGAAUAAUUAUGCAGAUUGUGAUGAUGAAUUUUGGAAAUUGUGGGGAAAGAAGAUGGGGGCGGUAUUUGUGGAGCAUAGACUUUUAAGAGGUAUUGACAUGAAUUGGGAAUUUUGGUCUACUUUACUUGGUAUUGGCUCUAGAUGGUUGCUCUCUCAGGAAAUAAGUCCGUCGAAUUGUAGGUGGACGAUUAUUAAUCCUGAAGGCACAACUUUGGAACCUGGGAAACAACAUUAUUUGAGGCGUAUAGCAGCCGGGAUGGUUGAUGGACCACAUUGGAAGGAUAUUGAUCGGGUAAAUGACGGUAGUUUCAAAUCGUUGGGAGAUAGUAUAUUAAGUGAACUAGACCACAUAUCAUAUUGGGCCCAUUUUCCCAAUAGACAAAAACCUACUGAGGUGAAAUUCGUUAAAGGUAAACAUGUGCCGCAGCAGGAACAAGUAGAAGAAGGAGAAAGAGGAGAUUGUUGA